GUGCGCGCGCCGCCGCGCCACGAGACACCUCAUUCCAGCUCCGCAGGUCCGCCCGCCUCCUCCACAGCGGCCCCGCCUCCACCACGUGACAUACGACGGCCUCCGCUUCCUCUCACUGGCGUAGUUCCGUGUCUCUGCACUCUACGCUAUAGCCACCCAGAGUCACGUGCUGGGGGUAGCGGGAAGGCGUCGUUCUUCUUUCCAGGGCCCACCCCCCCCAGUCCGCCAUGUUUUCAGACCGGGUCUACCUUGCUCUUUCCCCGUAAGGAAAUGGCCGGGGAGCUUCAGGGAAACCAGGCGCCGUUGCCUCCGCGGAGCCCGGGCUGACGGGAUAGGGCAGCGGGGCAAACCGGAGCAGUUCUGCGCGGGGUGGGGAGGCCAUGGCGUCCAACAGUAACUGGCUGUCCGGGGUGAAUGUCGUGCUGGUGAUGGCCUACGGGAGCCUGGUGUUUGUACUGCUAUUUAUUUUUGUGAAGAGGCAAAUCAUGCGCUUUGCAAUGAAAUCUCGAAGGGGACCUCAUGUCCCUGUGGGACACAAUGCCCCCAAGGACUUGAAAGAGGAGAUUGAUAUCCGACUAUCCAGAGUUCAAGAUAUCAAGUAUGAACCUCAGCUUCUUGCAGAUGAUGAUACAAGACUAAUUCAACUGGAAACCCAAGGAAAUCAGACUUGCUACAACUAUCUAUACAGGAUGAAAGCUCUGGAUGCCAUCCGUGCUUCUGAGAUCCCAUUUCAUACUGAAGGCCGGCAUUCCCGUUCCUUAAUGGGCAAGAAUUUCCGCUCCUACUUGCUAGAUCUUCGAAACACUAGUACUCCUUUUAAGGGUGUGCGCAAGGCCCUCAUUGAUACCCUGCUGGAUGGCUAUGAGACAGCCCGCUAUGGGACUGGGGUUUUUGGCCAGAAUGAGUACCUGCGCUAUCAGGAGGCCCUAAGUGAGCUGGCCACAGUGAUAAAAGCACGAAGUGGGAGCUCUCAGCGACAACACCAGUCAGCAGCCAAAGACCUAACCCAGUCUCCUGAAGUUUCCCCAACAACCAUCCAGGUGACAUACCUCCCCUCCAGUCAGAAGAGUAAACGUGCCAAGCACUUCCUCGAAUUGAAGAGCUUUAAGGACAACUAUAACACAUUGGAGAGCACUCUGUGAUAGAGCUGAGGACUCUUGCUGUUGAUGGAGACAGCAUUGUGCUUGCUGGGCAGUCCCUGGUCACCUGGCCCAGACACCUAGACUGGACCAACAUGAAGCUCUAGCUGAAGCUCCCGUGGUGUCUAGAGCUCUUAGAGCUCGUGCCUAGGAAAUUGUUCUCCAACCCCUUCUUAUGGCCAGCCUCAAAACCUCGGUUAUGACUAUUUCCCUCUGGUAGCCCUUUUUCUAGAAUUAAAUUCAGGUGUUUUCUUAUUGUUC